GUGUCUGUGUGGCACGGUGUGUUUGGGGCACGGCGUGUGCCGUGUCCGGGGUGCCAAGUGUGCCGUGCAGGGUAUCGAUCGUGAGCGAGGCCGGGCAGGGCACCCUGACCAUCCGGGAUGUGAAGGAGGCCGACCAAGGCGCCUACACCUGCGAGGCCAUCAACACCCUGGGCAUGGUGUUUGGCAUCCCCGACAGCAUCCUCACCGUCACCCGCCCUGGGCCAUGUCCUGAGGGGCACUUCCAGGUGACGGGGACAUCCCGCUGCCUGCCCUGCUUCUGCUUCGGCGUCACCACCUCGUGCCGCGGCACCGCCCGGCACCGGCACCGGCUCCACCUGCGCUUCGACCGCCCCGACGACACCAAGGGUGUCAACGUGACGGUUCCGGCGGCGCCGGCUGCACCGGUGCUCUCGGCCACCCAGCUCCACGUGGACGCAGCCGUGGAGGAAUUCCAGCUCCUGGAUCUGUCCCGGCGCUUCCUGGCGCUCGACGUCUUCUGGGCGCUGCCAGAGCCCUUCCUUGGGGACAAGGUGGACGCCUACGGGGGAGCGCUGAGCUAUGGGGUGCGGUACCGGCUGGGCCGGGGGCCCCCCGAGCCCACUGCCCACCCCGACCUGCUGCUGCGGGGCCACGGGCGGCAGCUGCGGGCACGGGCUGGGGCCACCCAGCCCAACAUCCUCAACCGGCGGCACGUGCCCCUCACCGAGGUGGGUGGGAGGAGGGCGAGGGUGGGUGGGUGA